UUAUUUGAAGUGCAUUACUAAAUUGUAAAGCCUGCCCUUUCCCUGUAUCUGCUGGGAAAGCUACCACUGUAAAACCACCAAUAAUCAACAAAGCUCUGGUGCUGUGGCCUCCAGUCUCCCAUCAGGCUGUUCGUAUUCCAAUAUGAUGACAAAUGACUGGAUCUAAGUUGACCCGGUGCAGCAUGUGAUCACUAAUCUCAUCUGAUUUAUUUAUUUUUUAUUGCAGACAGUUGAUGCAUCCUGCCCCUACUCUUUAUUCCGAGAUUACAUUGUGUUCAUGAAAAUCCUUUCCUAUUUUGUUUCAUGCUACUGCCUUUCAAUUGCAAUAACAAUUUUAUAACCCAGGUCAUUUUUAAAACCGCCAGUGGAAUGAUAAUCUCUUGUUUUGGAGCACGCUGGCUGCUAUUAGACUACUUCUCCGUAUCAAUCAAAUGUAAUCAUAACUAGUCAUAAACCCACCUGUUCUGUUAAUAUUUAUGUAUCUAUGUAUGUGGCAAUAUUUAUUUAUUUAUUUAUUUAUUUUGAAGUUAAAGCAGUGAUAGUAGGUGUUCAGAUGGAUAUAGAAAAGACAUAGUGUUAUUAGAAUAUUAGAAUAUUUGUAGGAUUACUUUGCAUGCAUGUUAACUUCCUCGUAGCCUAGGUGAAGUUAGCCCAAACUCUGGGACAGUGUUCUGUUAAGGUCCGUAGCAGGACGGACAGGUAAAGCUGGAGCUUAAUCACGACCGCAGGUAGUGACACUUCCGGGUUCAAACUGUCAAAGUAAAACCAACAACAGUAUCUGUUGAGAUCAAAUUAAGUUCGUCAAAGAUUAUCACGAGCUAUAAAAUACAUGUAUACAUAUUUGGUAAAAUUGUGUGUCUUAAUUUAACAUUCAUUUUGCAUUUGAGUAAAAAAUAACUAACAUUUUAACGAAUGCGGAUUUUAUUUUGAAAGCAAAACAGUAAGUUACGUUUUUUAUUCGAGCCAGCUUUUCAGCUCAAAGUCUUUAGCUAAGACGGACUGAAGAGUCCCGGGGUAGUUGGAGCCAAACAGCAUGUAGUUAAACUCAGACGGCGUUGCUUUCAGAAUUUAAACCUCGUUAUUUUCUGGCGCUACGUUUCUUUGCCGGGAUUCCGUUUUUAAUAUCAAGCCGACAUCAUGUUCCUGCGUGGGUCUAAAAAGCGACGGUCGAACCGUUCGCAGGAGGAAGAUGACCCAGACAGAGGGCAGCCCUGUAUGCGCUGCGGAGACCAGUGCCCCGGCUUCCGUGUCCAUGGCUGGAGGAAGAUCUGCGUGCACUGCAAGUGUGUGCGAGAGGAGCAUGCCGUGCGCUCCGUGCCGGGGCAACUGGAAAAGAUGAUGACAAAGCUGGUGUCAGACUUCCAGAGACACUCCAUCUCGGACGACGACUCAGGCUGCGCCUCCGAGGAAUAUGCGUGGGUCCCACCUGGGCUCAAGCCCGAACAGGUUUACCAGUAUUUUAGCUGCUUACCAGAGGACAGGGUGCCUUAUGUCAACAGUCCAGGAGAGAGAUACAGAAUCAAACAGCUGCUGCACCAGCUUCCAGCUCACGACAGUGAGCCUCAGUACUGUAACUCUCUGGAUGAGGAGGAGAAGAAAGAGUUGCGUCUGUUCAGUCAACAGAGAAAGAAAGAAAACCUGGGCCGAGGUGUCGUCAGACUUUUCCCAGUGACUAUGACCGGAGCCAUCUGUCAGCAGUGCGGCAGACAGAUCUGUGGCGGAGAUAUAGCGGUGUUUGCGAGUCGGGCAGGACACGGCAGCUGCUGGCACCCUCAGUGUUUCCAGUGUGCCUCCUGCAGCGAGCUGCUGGUCGAUCUCAUCUACUUCUACCAGGACGGACAGAUAUACUGUGGCCGGCACCACGCCGAGAGGCUCAAGCCCCGCUGCCAGGCAUGCGAUGAGAUUAUUCUAGCAGACGAAUGCACAGAGGCAGAGGGAAGAUACUGGCACAUGAAGCACUUCUGCUGUUUUGAAUGCGAGGCUGCGCUGGGCGGUCAGCGCUACAUCAUGAGAGAGAGUCGACCGUACUGCUGCUCCUGCUACGAGUCCCUGUACGCAGAGUACUGUGAUACGUGCGGAGAACACAUAGGUAUUGACCAGGGCCAGAUGACGUACGAGGGUCAGCACUGGCACGCCGUGGAGACGUGUUUCUGCUGCGCCCGCUGCCGUCUCCCUCUGCUCGGGCGUCCCUUCCUCCCUCGCGGGGGGCUCAUAUUCUGCUCCAGGCCCUGCUCGCUGGGUGAGGACCCCGAUAACUCGGACUCCUGCGACUCAGCACUGCAGAGCAAACCGCCUCAACAUAGCAGACGGUGCGGGACAACAGAGAAACGCCACAAGCUACAAUGUGGUUCUCCUCUGCAGCCACUAGAGGGCAUCAUCCCCACUAUAACGCCUGCAAAACACUGCAUCCAUACUGCAGUGGAAAGCAGAGGUGUCCACUGCACUGCUCCAGUUCAAAAUGGAGUUCCUUCACUGAGCAGUCAUCCUCCUCCAAGAGGCUCCUACUCACCUCUGCCCCACAUUCAUCUAGGAAAUGGCCUCGGUCCGUCCUGGCCCAGCGAUGUUCCACACUACAGUUUACUGCCAGACGACCGUGGGAUCAAACCUCCAGUCACUGGGCUCCAGUUCCAGGGAGAAAUAAAUGCAAAAACCUCAACGACCGGCCUUACUUCAAGAGGAACCUCUGUUGAUAAAGACUGUAGGAACUGGGUGGAGAGGACCAAUCAAGUUAUGCAAGCGUUUCCCCCUCAGAAACACUCACAUGUGAGCAGGCUCAUUUCACCUGACGCGCCUCCCUCCCCACCAAACAGCACCUCCAUGCUCCCCCCUCCUUUACCCGUUAAGUCUCGCGACUCGAUGCCCCGGGAUUCGCCCCCUCCUAACCUCCGUCAGCCGGAGGACGGACCCUCUGACUCUCCGACUCCGCUGACUCGCAGUGGUACGGCCAGAGUCAGCUUCAGAGAACCAAUCAGCAGCAGCUACUCUGUUGACGAGGACGAGGAUGAAGACGAGAAUGAGGAGGGGCUCCAAGAGGGCGAGGAAAACCAGCAGGAUGAAGAUGAGGUGGAGGGAGGUUUUGGUAGCAGGUUGAAUUUACAGAAAGGCAUCCCCCCUCAGAUGGACCUGCUGGACGGGUCCUCGUACCAGCAGCGCCACCUGAGGCGAGGCUGGGGUCGUUGCCGCGUCCCCUCAGACUCUUCCCUCCGCCCGCGUUCAGAGAGGCGCUCCCAGCGCUCGCGGCCCGACCGACCCCAGCUGGACACCCUGGACUGGAGAGCUGAUAAAGACAGAGACGGCCGCUGGUCCACCAACGGCUCCUCCCUCACUCUACAGCCGGGCCAGUACAGACACGAAGACUCCUGUUCCACAUGCUCCUCAUCCUCAGACUCAGAAGAAGAGGGCUACUUCCUGGGACAGCGCAUUCCUCUACCGCCACAACUUAGAAAGCAGCUGCCUGAGGAGGGCAAAGACAUCGGGGCAGAAGAGGGGAGGGAGGUUCAGAGAGACUCGGGACUGAGAGGAAGCUUAAGGCGGAGAAGAGCUCUCAGCCUGGGUGCAAAGGACAAAGAUAAAAACUGUGCUAUCUCCUAACCCCAGAUAGCUAGCAUUCUAUAACCACAGCAUGUUAUUUUUUAAAAAAAAUUAUGGUGCGCAGAAAGAACCAAUGACCAUCAUUACACUGCUGAUUAUCUGGUUUAUGAUGCUGACGUAGUGUCGGCCCUAACACACACGUUCACCACAGUCAUUGUCUCUCACCCACUACUUAGCGAAGGGAAGCAGAGUAAACCUCAGAGAAGCCUGGACCUCGUCAUUAUGGUAUUGACGCCUCCAACUUUGGGGUGUGUCCGUGUGGAAAAUAAUGUAGCGAUAAAUCAGGAGGACUUAUUUGUAUCUGAAGACUCAUGUCUGUGUUACAGCUAGGUUGAAGCGAGCCGUUAGCUUCAUUUACAUAUGCAAACCUCCAGUAGCAACGGAUGAGUCUGGGCCAGGUUUCACUCUGACUUAAAUGGAACUAAUUUAAACAGACUUCAUUUCUCUGUUGAACAAAGCUACCCAAGUAGAGGUCAUUAUUCUUAAAUAUUUGUUUAAGUUAAAGACAGAUCGUAAGUUAAACAUAGAUUGUAAUGAUAAAAUUGUCUCUUUCGACAUUUUAUUGCACUUUUCCAUCCCCCUUUUAUUCCAUAACCACAAUCAUGAGCUGUGUUUUUUCAGUUUUUUUUUUUUUUUGGACAUUUAGAGCCAGAUUCCAGUGGCUGAGUUGGCCUCAGCUUGUCUGUCUUUUGUUUUGUUAAACCAUUUGAACUGAAAUAAACUUAAGCAAAGAACAAAACUAAGACUGUGCCAAACUAUGUUCGGCACAUUUUUCCACCAUCGUUGUAAAAAAAAAGAAUAUAUUUUAUUUCUAACUCUACUGUAACCAUUUUUAUCUGUGCUCUUAUGUGCAAUCUUUAAGUGGCUGUAGUAUUUCACAGUUCUGAACACAAAAUGGCCACACCAAGUAUAAUUUGUGUUCAUUUCGGAGGUGAUGUUCAUUCAACAACACGUGUGUAAUCACGUAAAGGUCAUCUAUUUUUAUAUACUCUGUGUAGGUCACUGUUCUUUUUUUUUGUUUGUUUUAUUUGGGGUAAAGGAACGAUUGUCAAGCCUUUCUGUUUCUCUGAUUGUGUGCUGUUCAUGGGUAAAACCUUGUCACGUGUUUGUCUAGAUGUGUGAUCUUUCUCCACACUCAACAUGUUUGAAUACCACAAACUGUAUUAGCCUGUAGCGUAGACAAACAGUGAUUUCAGUGGCAGUAAAGGAAGCAAACAAUAAAUUAAUGAAUUAACCAAGAAA